GAGCAUGAUGUGAAUAUUACACUUCAAAGAGUAUCUAUGAAUUCAAAUGACGUGUACAAAAGAUUUAUUACAAACAAAUUAAGUCAGUGUUCGGAACUAUCAAUUCUUGAUUGUUCACAGAGUCGACUUGGAAAAGUGUCAGUUAUGUUGUUAAUGUCGUUCAUAGUACAAUAUCAUGUUAGCGAAAGGAAUUGUUUUUGGUCAACCAAGCAGCAACACGCUUGA